AUGCCUUUCCCUUCCUGCUCUUCUUGCGUCCAUGCCAUCACCUACACCGUCCUCUCGAUCACUCUAGCAGUCUUUGCAAUCUGCUCAGCCUCUCAAUCCCACAAGACCCAAAUCCCCGUUUCCCCAGCAGACGACCAGUCAUCGUCGCGGGCCCAAAAUCUAUCCACGAAUGCCAUAGAGGCCCUACAGAAAUUGGGCUACAAUAUCUCGGCCACCCUCCUCCAGCUCCGCUCUGAGCACUUCCUCCCACCCUCCCAAGGGACCCUCUUUGCCAUCAUCGACCCCGCAAUCUCUAACAUCUCCCUCCCAGCCCAAUUCAUGACAGAUUUCCUCCAUUACCACACCUCCCCUAAAAAACUCACCUUCCAAGAUCUCCUACUGCGCCCCCUCAACAGCUGCAUCCCAACCCUUCUCCACCAAAAGAAUCUCAUGAUCACAAAAAUCAACCAAGAAGAAAGAAUGGUGGAGAUCAAUCGGGUCCCAAUAUCUCAUCCGGAUAUCUACACCGAUAGCCAUUACACGAUCCACGGCAUUCUUGCGCCGUUCUACUCCCCCAAGCCCGCUGAUUUCCUGAUUAGCAAUGAUCCGAUACCGUCACCGAUGUGCAAUGAGAAUGGUGGCCUGAUCGCGAAUCCUAAUGGUGAAAGAAAUGCAGUCCCAUGGCCUCAGAUCAUCCGGCUACUUGGCUUGAAUGGAUUCACCUCAUUUUCAAUUGGAUUGCAAUUGGUUCUUGAUGGGAUUCUUCAAGAUUUUGGGAAUUUGAGUUCAGUUACGAUCUUCGCCAUCGCCGUUGCUUGA